CUCUUCCUCCCCCGCUCUCUCUGUCUCUCUCUCUUAUUCCCUGUUCGCACCAUGCCACUUACGUUGGCUCUGAAAAAGGGAGCCAAAGUCAUUCACUUGACUUACGAUGGGCAAUCGUUACAUAUAGAAGGAGACGAGAUGGAUAAAAAAGCCUCAUCUUCCCGCAGCUGUCUCUCGUUUGGCCAAACCAGCGAAAAGAAUGGAGGCAUUACUAUCGACAAGUUGUACCUUUUACACAUUACCCAUCUUCACCGAACCAACAUGGUGCAGAUUCGGGCCCUUGUUCACCGCGAUUCAAAGAACAAGAAUGCACGCUUAGAGCCGUAUAAAUUCUUGUAUUCGGCCAAUGAAGGUGACCAGGAUACCGCCGUCCAAUUUUGCAACCAAGUCAUGGACGAUGUGUACAAAGGUCUGCAACCUGAGAAACGGUUAAAAGUGCUGAUCAAUCCUUUUGGUGGUCAGGGCCUCGCCAAGCAGACGUUCGAAUCCCAUGUACGCCCUGUUUUUGAAGCGGCCGGGUGCCAAUUGUCGGUUCAAUAUACCGAGUCUCAGGGACAUGCCGUUCAGAUCGCCAAAGACCUCGAUAUCGACGCCUUUGAUGCCAUUGUCACCGUCAGCGGGGACGGCGUGAUUCAUGAAGUGAUUAAUGGCUUCCUGGAAAGACCCGAUGCUGCACAAGCCAUCCAGAGCGUUCCCCUCGGCGUCAUUCCUGGUGGCACCGGAAAUGCCCUCAGCAUCUGUUUAGCCGGAGAACAACUAGGUUUUAACCCUGCAUACACAGCAUUGCAAGUCGUCAAAGGAACUCGCAUGCCUCUGGAUUUGUGCUCAGUGACCUAUGGUCAUCGUCGUUACUUUUCCUUCCUUUCGCACAACUACGGCAUCACAUCCUAUGCUGACCUGGCCACAGAGCAUUUGAGAUGGAUGGGCGAUGCUCGUACUGUCCUUGGGCUGAUGCAAGAGAUCUUUGCUCGUCAUACUUACCCCAUGGAAGCCGCAGUACAAAUUGUGGAAAGCGAUAAAGAGAAAAUUAAAAAGGCAUAUCGGGCAAGCCGCACCGCCGCCACUUCGGACACUCCAGAUCAUGUUGACAAACACACCCACAGCACGAUACCCUCCCUUUCCGAACCGGUGCCGUCGGAUUGGACGAUCAUCAAGGACGAUGUGGCCUUUUUUCUUACCAGCAAGGUCCCCUGGCUGGCUAGGGGCAUGUUGUCACAUCCAUGUGCCUUACCAAACGAUGGUCUACUAGACCUUUUGUUGGUGCGCGGUCGACCUGGCGUCAUGAAACAGUUGGGCAUAUUUGCCAAAGUUGAAAAAGGCAACCACAUCGAUACUGAUAUUGUGGAGUAUUACAAAAUCAAAGCUUUUCGGUUGACUCCGAUUAAGCAACGAGAUCGCAAAGGGUACAUUGCGAUUGACGGUGAACAUGCACCGGCCGAACCUUUCCAGGUCGAAGUGCAUCCUCAUUUGGGCUCGGUCUUGAGCUUACAACAGGUUUACGUCCACACCGGCAUUUAGAUUCUCUUUUUUUUUUCGUAUUCCCCUUCCAAGUGCAAAACUUAUUACUCAUACUCAUGUAAUUCUAAUCCUCUGGUUAUUAUUAUUUCACUUUCUUUUCUGAAGAAAUG